UAGAUACUUGGAUGCUGAACUUGACUUCACUUGACUUAUAAUUCUUAUCUUAUAUGCUAAGAAUGUAGCCACAAACACUUGAAUCCUCGGUUUCUAAAAAAACUAACAUUCAUGGGUUUGAUAUUCUGUCUUCUUGCCUUAGUUCCAUAUGUUAUGUGCCAAGUUACAGAGUUCAUAAGCAUAGACUGUGGAGGAUCAAGCAAUUAUACUGACCUCAACACUGGCUUGCCAUGGAUUUCGGACUCCGGAAUUAUUAGCUCUGGACAAUCAGCUGAGCUGGAGGAUCCAGAGGCAAGUUUGCCACAGUAUCGAAAACGCAGAGACUUUCCUGUUGAUGACAAAAAGUACUGCUACACUCUGAGGACUCAGGAGAGGAGGAGGUACCUUGUUCGCGCAACGUUUCUAUAUGGAAACUCCAAGAGUACUUUCCCCAAGUUUCAGGUUUAUUUGGAUGCAACCAAGUGGUCAACUGUGAGUAUUACCAAUGCCUCUGAGGUACAUGUGGAGGAAAUGAUCAUUAGGGCUCAGUCGAAUUCUGUUGAUGUCUGCUUGUGUCAAGCAACCACGGGUUCUCCUUUUAUUUCCACUCUUGAGCUGCGGCCUUUGAAUCAGUCAAUGUAUGCUACGGAGUUUGAGGAUGAAUUUUACUUAAAGGUAGCAGCCAGAGUGAAUUUUGGUGCUACGAGUAAUGAAGCUAUAAGGUAUCCUGAUGAUCCAUAUGAUCGCAUAUGGAGUUCUGAUCUUGAAAGAAGGCAAAAUUUUCUUGUAGGGGUUGCCCCAGGUACUGAAAGAGUCAACACAACAAAGUACAUAAACACAAACGCAAAAGAGCACCCGCCAUUAAAAGUAAUGCAAACUGCAGUUGUUGGUACCAAAGGCAAUCUUACUUAUAGGCUGAACCUAGAAGACUUCCCUGCCAGUGCUCGAGGUUAUGCAUAUUUUGCUGAAAUUGAAGAAUUUGAGACUUCAGAAAGUAGGAAAUUUACAAUAGCUCAACCUGAGAUUCCUGACUACAACACUGCUGUUAUCAAUAUUGCUGAGAAUGCGCACAGAAGCUACACAUUAUAUGAACCAAGCUUCAAAAAUGUAACACUUGAUUUUGUAUUAUCAUUCUCAUUUGUAAAGACCCCGGAUUCGACCCAUGGGCCACUCCUAAAUGCUAUUGAAAUAAGCAAAUAUGUGCCGAUUGCCAAGAAGACAGAUGUGCGAGAUGUAAACACUCUCAAUUCUCUUCGAGGCAAGUCUAUGGACAGUUAUAUGAAGGAUGAAGCUCGUGGUGACCCUUGUGUUCCUACACCCUGGGAUUGGGUGAAUUGCAGCACUAGUAUACCACCGAGGAUCACAAAAAUUGCACUGUCAGGAAGGAAUGUGGAAGGUGAAAUCCCACCUGAUCUAAAUAAUAUGGAUGGAUUGAUCGAGUUGUGGCUGAACGGAAGCUCCUUCGAGGGUCCAAUCCCUGACAUGACUAACCUCAUCAAUUUACAAAUUUUGCAUCUAGAGAACAAUAAACUCACAGGUCCAAUACCAUCUUGUUUGGGCAGUUUGCCAAGCUUAAAAGAACUGUAUGUAGAUAAUAACUCUUUGACUGGGGAUAUCCCCUCCACAUUGCUAAAAGGAAAACUAAUUCUUAGUUAUGAAGGUAAUCCUGGUCUAAGGGACAGCACUAAGCAUAAAAGAUAUCGCAGAAUGAUUGUUGGAGUUUCAAUUGGAUUGCUAGCGAUUCUUCUCCUUCUGUUUUUAGGAACUUUGUUAUUAUUGUAUCAUCUUCAGAAAAAGAGGUGGUUCAAGAAUAAUGGAAAAGAACGAGGCAGGAAUCGGAUUGAUGAAGAAGUUUCAUACCAUAUAACAUUCGCUGAUAUAGAAGAAUUUACUAAAAGCUUUUCUAAGCAAAUAGGUAAAGGAAGUUUUGGACCUGUGUAUUUUGGGAGAAUGAAAGAUGGAAAAGAUUUGGCGGUUGAAGUGAUGGCUGAUUCAUCCAAUCAUGGAAACCGACAAUUUGUUACUGAGGUUGCUCGCUUGUCUAGAAUUCACCACAGAAACUUGGUUUCUUUAAUUGGAUAUUGUAAAGAAUCACAUCAGAGUAUGCUUGUUUACGAAUACAUGCACAAUGGAACUUUGCGUGAUCACAUACAUGAUUCUUCCAAUCAGAAGUCGUUAGACUGGCUCUCCCGUCUUCAAAUUGCAGAAGAUGCAGCUAAAGGCCUCGAAUAUUUACACUCUGGAUGCAACCCAAGUAUUAUUCACGGUGAUGUAAAGACAAGCAAUAUUCUCCUCGAUAUCAAUAUGAGGGCAAAAUUAUCUCAUUCUGGACUGUCAAGGCAAACUGAAGAUGAUCAAACCCACGUAUCAAGUUUAGCUCAAGGGACUGUCGGAUACCUUGAUCCAGGGUACUAUGCAAACAAAAAAUUAACUAAAAGAAGUGAUGUAUAUAGCUUUGGUGUUGUUCUCUUAGAACUGGUUUCCGGAAGAAAGCCUGUAUCAACUGAAGAUUCAGGCACUGAUUGGAACAUUGUUCACUGGGCAAGGUCUAUGAUCUGCAAGAGGGAUGUGAAAAGCAUCGUAGAUCCUUCUGUAGGAAAGGCAAAAAUUGAGUCAGUAUGGAGGAUCGCAGAAGUAGCAAUCCAAUGUGUCGAACAACGCUCAUCUUCCAGACCAAGAAUGCAGGACAUCAUUCUGGCUAUACAGGAUGCAAUCAAAAUUGAGAAAGGAAGUGAUGAAACAGUCUCAGGGAAUGCAAAAUCGCAGUCGUCACGCAGGACUUUAUUGACCAGUUUUCUCGACAUCGAAAGCCCUGAGUUAUCUGAUUAAUCGUUAGUUACUUCAGCUUGCUAUCCUGAUUUAUCUGAUCAAAAUGCAAUCACUUAACAACUUCUUGCAGGAACACAGUAGCAUGUAUACUCUUUUCUUUAGGAAUGCAGCUCUUGCAACUGAUAUGCCUACGGCCUAUACCAAGCAUCAAGUGGAGCGUAAUUCGUACUCCCUCUGUCCCACAAUACAUGUCUCCUUUGGAAGGAAUUUUUGUCUCAUAAUACAUGUAUACUUUUAGUUUUCAAUGCGAAUAUAUGGGUUUUUUGUGGUGUGUCAUGGACACAUGCUAAGCGCUGAAAUUUUUGUAUUUAGAUCAUUUUGAUUGGCUUCUACUUCUUAAUAAUGUUGAAUCCCCUUGCAAAUACACCAACCACACCAAUCAAAAUGAUCGCAAAAAAUUCCACGUUUAACAUGUGCCCAUAGGCACACAUAGACAAACCCUUCUUAAACAAUUAAUGGAGGUUGAAUAAGAGUCUA